AUGAUGUACUUGGGCUCGUUCCGUUCUUGCCUGGUAAUACCAUUCGUGGUGCUGUCUGUCGUUUCCGCACCACCUCAGCCCUCUUCGCCUCUUGGUCCAGUAGUCCACCUUAGCUAUGCGGCCUUCGUCGGAAACUCCACAUCACCAACUGGAGAGGCGAAUGGGCCGGUGACUUUCUUUGGAGGAAUACGUUAUGCUAAACCUCCCCUCGGUGAUCUGCGCUUCAGAGCUCCCGCUCAAUUGGAUGAAACUGUUGUAAAUCCCGGAAAUAUCACAAUUACAGAUGCUCGUAACUGGGGUCCACCGUGUAUUCAGCAGCCAGCACAGGUAGGAAUUGGAGAUGAAGAUUGUCUAAGGAUAAAUAUCUGGAAACCAAGUGACGCCAAAGAGGGAGACAAACUCCCUGUCUUGUUCUAUAUCCACAAUCCCGAAAGCUUCCCAUUGUAUGAUCUAGUCAAUCAAUCGAAUCCAAAAAUCGUUGGUGUCAACUUCGGGUAUCGUCUCAAUAUGUUAGGUUUUCUCGCCGGGAGUGCAGUUGUAGAAGAUGGCGAUCAGAAUGCAGGUCUACUCGAUCAACAAGCUGCUCUUGAAUGGGUAACCAGGCAUAUUGCGAACUUCGGUGGUGACCCCAACCAGAUAACAAUUGACGGUGAGAGUGCAGGAGGCGCAAGCGUUGUGAUGCAUAUGGUCGCUUUCGGAGCGUCCAAGCCGGCCCUAUUCAACCGCGCUAUUGCGCAAUCCAUAGGUUACGGAUCUAUUCCUACGGCAGAUGAAUCUGAAGCUAAUUUUAAGAAGGUAACGGAGACUGUCGGAUGUCCUGAUUCUGGUUCACAAGCCAUGUCAUGUCUUCGAACUGCUUCAGUCGGCGCCAUUGUUGCUGCAAUCAACGAAGCCGGUGGCUUCUCUCCCGUCGUAGACGGGCCCAAUGGUAUCCUACCAGAUUUGCCAAAUACGCUUCUCACACAAGGCAAAUUUCAUACGGUCGACUUCAUUGGCGGUGAUUGCACGAACGAUGGAACUAUGUUUGUGGGAGGGACCCCAGAUGACUUCAAGACAGAUGAAGAUAUCAUCGAGCGUGUGUUUGGGAAAUUCACAGCCAUGACGAACGAAACGAUCCAAAAGGCGCUGUCUCUUUAUCCGGAACCAGGCGCACCUGGUAGUCCAUUCACAUCGCAAUUCGAUCGUGCAUCAACUAUAGAGCAAGAUACGAUUUUCAGUUGCAUGGACUGGUCUAUUGCAAACGCGCUCCAGCAGAGAAAAGUAAAUAAUGUAUUCACGUUCAGGUUUAACUCACCAAAUCCUGUUCUACUUGCACAAACGCCCUUCGAAGGAGUCAUGCACACGUCUGACCUUUUCUAUUUGUUCAGUGCUACUAUUAGUUCCCAGCCCAACGCAGGUUUUAGCUUUACCCCGUUCAACACUGCUGAGGCAGUGCUUUCGAGAGAUGCAAUUGGAUUCUGGUCGUCUUUCGCAUCAUCCGGAAAUCCAUCGACUUCUCGUGUAGCAACGUCGCCUGCAUGGAAGCCGUUCUCUUCAGGAGAGCGUAUGGUUCUGAACCAACCAUCAAAUGCAAGCGUGAUGGGAAGCACGUCUGUGUUGGAGACAACUCCGCCAGAGCAGAUUGAACGGUGCAAGUUCUGGAUGGCACUCAAUACUACUGAACAGACGAGGUUCUGA